AUGUUAGUUAGUUAAUGUGGGCGGAAUCCCAGAGUCAUGUGCCUCUCUGCAGGGCACACCUGGCAUUGGCAGUGAUGUAGGAGGGCGAUGAUCAAGGUUAAGGUGUUGAUGAUAACGAUAAUGUUGAUAGCUCAUUUAGCUGGAGAGUACCUUGUGACCCGCAUCAGAGUUUUGGUGUCGAAUGUUUUGCAUAGUUUUUUGCAAGCGUGUGUGUUGGAUCUCAUGUGUAGGAGGCACUGGGGUACUUUGGAGCGGUCCCUAGCUCCAUUAUUGCGCCAUAGCACUUGUGAACGUUGGGCCGAGGUUGAACCUUUUUCGAGGUUUUGGGUUUGAGAUUUAGGAUAUGCGUGGGGUGAGUAUUGAGAUAUUUAAGAGCGAGAGUGGUAGCGAGUUUACAGCAUCUGUGCUAUAUGAGCUUGGAGACAUUGUGGAGUGCGGGGACACCUAAUUUCGCGCUCAUGCUGCGACUGCAGAGCUCACACGUGCAGCGGCAGUUUUCGUUCACAGUGCCUCGAGGUUCAUCGGCAAUUUUUCCCUCAGAGACAAUAUAGGCAGAUUUCUAUUUGAAAACAAAAGUUCAUCAAUCCUUUGAUGUGUCACGAGUUUUCAGUGGUGGUGGCCAUAGACAGAUCGAGUGCACCACACCUUUCUGGAGCUUAAGAGGCUAGAGUUGGUACUCUGAUUGUUAGUAGCCAAUUGGUUCUUUGAAACGUCCGUGAUCUUCUCACGUUAGGCAAGAUGGGAGUGGGAUACAAGAAGUCGAGGGGCUGUAACUGGGUAGCAUGUAUCAUUGUGAUGGCAGUGGUGGCCGCCGCCAUUGCCAUUGCUGUGGUGGUGAUCAAGCACAAAAAGAGCUCGUCGGAUACUUCAGGCCCUUCCUCUGACUUUAGUGGCAACUACACGGAGUCUAUGCGACUCGCUCUUACUUUUCUUGAUAUCCAGAAAUCGGGAAAGCUACCAGCGGACUUUCCUAUAAAGUGGAGGGGAGACUCGAACCUUCUGGAUGGGAGCGACGUCAAUGUGAGUUUGAGUGGCGGCAUUUACGACGCAGGUGACAGUGUAAAAUUCGGCUUUCCGAUGGCCUUUACUGCCACUAUCCUCUCGUGGAGCGUGCUAGAAUACGGUCCUGCAAUGGAGAAGGCUGGGCAGCUGGCAUCCGCCAAGAACUCGAUUAAGUGGAUCACAGACUACCUUAUCAAGGCGCACGCUGCACCGAAUGUGCUCUACUUUCAAGUCGGAAAUGCAAGCACCGAUCACAAGUGCUGGUAUAGGCCUGAAGAUGGUGGCAGCAUUGCGAGGCCCUCUCUCGUGCUCAACACAACGCUACCGGGUUCAGAAGUUGCUGCAGAGACUGCAGCAGCUAUGGCAGCCGCAUCCAUGGUGUUCCGAUCUACUGAUGCUACAUAUGCAGACACACUCGUCGCACAUGCUCAGCAAUUGUUUAACUUCAGUGACACUUACCAAGCCUCAUACAGUGAAACCAUUCCAGAAUUUCAGGAUUACUAUAACUCUACGGGCUACGGAGACGAGCUUCUUUGGGGCGCCACCUGGCUUUAUUAUGCCACAGGGGAUAAUACUUAUCUGGCUUACGUUACAGGAGCAAAUGGAGAGAAAUUUGCUGAUUGGGGUGUCUUCCCCUCUUGGUUCAGCUGGGAUAGCAAACGUCCAGCAGUACAGGUGCUGCUUGCAAGGCUUCAGAUGCUGAAACCGCCUACAAAUGCUGUGAACACCGUGAGUAAAGGGUUGACGGAUUAUAAGACUACCGCCGAUGGACUUAUGUGUGCCUUUUUGCCAGGGUCGCCAACAGCCAGUACUGAUCGCACUAAAGGUGGGUACAUAUGGUUAAACGAAUGGUCUGCGUUGCAACAUGGCAUCAAUUCUGCUCUCCUGGCAUCAUUUUACAGCGAUUACCUCGUCGCCGCCAAGUCAUCUGGGAUUACUUGUUCAGGAAAAAGCUUCACUCAUGCGCAGCUGCGAGCUUUUGCAUCAUCUCAGGCGAAUUACGUGUUGGGAAACAAUCCUUUGUCAACGAGCUUCAUGGUGGGCUACGGCGAGAAGCAUCCGAAGUAUUUGCACCAUAGAGGAGCAUCCAUUCCAGUUGACCAAAUCAAAACCGACUGCGCUCACAGCUGGGGCUGGUACGACUCAAAGGAGCCAAAUCCCAACAUUGCUUAUGGUGCUGUCGUGGGCGGCCCUUUCAAGAACGAGACUUACACUGAUGCUCGAACGAAUAUUAUGCAGAAUGAAGCGUCAGUCUACACCAGUGCAGCUUUUGCAGGCCUGUCUGCUGGACUUGUAGGCUCUAGCAGCAAUUCUGUCCCCAUUUCAUGGAUAUAAGUAUUUUAUAAGUUCGGAACUCUUGUAUACAGUUAAGGGUGGCCGUUAGGAGGCUGGUAGUAGCAAAAGCACAGGGUUUGGGGGAUAGUUAUGGUAGACUGAUUUUUUUUCGAAUACAUUUUUUGGUGCUACAUGCCCUCCUCAUUUUUCCACCAGCGGACAGUGUCAUUAAUUUGUACUCUAAUUCCAUCAAACUUCUCAGUUUUCCUCUGUA